AUGGAGGGUUUUCUCCGGCGACGUGAUCUUCCGAGUUUGUUCCGCUCCGGUGCCCUAUCUGAUCGAACGAUAGCUUUGAUCAAGAUGGAGGGCGAAGAAAACGCCAAACUCGCAGCGGCAGCAACGCCAUAUUCACCGUCAUCAAACAGUUUGUGGGAAAGAAGACAAGAGUUGCAUCACUUGGCUAGACUCACAACAGUCCAAAUCUGUGAUAUACGUAAGCUUUGGAAAUCUUGCAAUGAUGAUGAGAGUCCAGCUCAUGGAGUUUUGGCACGGUUUGGUGAAUAG